ACCCACCUUCUUCUUCUUCUUCAAUCACUCAUUCAAGAUUGAAAUUUUGCCUUAAAAGCUUGAAACUUUAUCUCUCUAGAAUUCGAUUUCGAUGGAGGGUCUGAUCAAGGGUCUGAUCGACGUGGCACUCGGACACGGCGAUAACAAGGAGGAAGACUCCGCUGCCGGCGACCGCGAUCAGCGCUCCAGAUCCACUUGGUCGGAGGUGGUGUCUGGGGAGCAGGAUAACGACAGUGAUCGCCCUCAUGGGUACAACCAGAGCCACUGGAAUAAUAGACAGGAAGAGAGUAACUUGGGGCGUCAAGAGUGGGACAAUGUGAGUUCGGAACCUCCAAGGCGACCCCAGAGGAGUACACAUGAGAGAUAUGAGAACAAUGAAGAUGGUGGGCCAAUUGGUUAUAACCAAAACUACUCCAGCAGAAAGGAGGAAGGCGAAGAAGGAAAUAAUGAUGGUUGGGAGACUGUCGGAAAGAAGCCUCCAAGGCAAUCACACAAGGUUCAGAAGGACCGGUGGCAGGGAUAUAAACGGCCUGCCAGUGAGCAACAAUACUCUGAUGAGGUUGAAGGAGGUGCUGGCAUAGAACCUUCAGAAGACGAGCUUGCUGAUCUGUCACAAGCUUGCAAUAGAUUCUGGGAACUUGAUUCAAACCGUUUAGUGCCUGGAAAGGACUAUGAAAUUGACUGUGGUGAAGGGAAGAAGGUUUACCAUAGGGGAGAUUUAGCAGAAGGAAACUUAUUUACCUGGCUGAGUGAAGAUGUGUUCAGAAGGCCUACUUUUUCUCGUUUCUGUUCUCUUUUAGAUAACUACAACCCAAAUGAAGGCAGCAGAGAAGUCAUCACAUCUGAGGAGAAACAGGAGCAAGCUGCAUUCAUAGAAGAAAUCAGCAGAACUGCUCCCAUUAAAUAUCUGCACAGAUAUCUCUCACGCAAGGGCAUUGUAUCUGAGAACUAUCAAGAGUUUAAAAGAACAAUGACUGCUCUUUGGUUUGAUCUUUAUGGACGUGGUGGCACUUCUGGUUGUUCCUCUGCUUUUGAACAUGUUUUUGUGGGAGAAAUUAAGCAGCGUGGUGAAGAAGAGGUUUCUGGCUUCCACAAUUGGAUUCAGUUCUACCUUGAAGAAGCAAAAGGAACGGUUAACUAUCAAGGUUAUAUAUUCCCUCGUCGACGUGGGGAAAUUCCAGACUGUGAAACCCAGUUGCUUACAAUCCAGUUCGAAUGGAAUGGUGUCCUGAAAGCCGUAUCAAGCACUUUAGUUGGGGUGAGCCCAGAAUUUGAAGUUGCAUUGUAUACCUUGUGUUUCUACAUGGGUGGAGAGGACAACCACAUUCAGCUGGGUCCAUACCCAGUUAACAUCAAAUGCUAUCGCUUUGGAGAUAGAAUUGGAUCUGUGUUUCCAAUGGGAGAGUGAUGAGUUCAGAUUUUAGGGCUAAACAACUAAUCUUGUUAUAAGAGUUCAUGAGUGUGUGAAAUUAUACUGUAACUCUGAAUAUACUGAAGGGCAGGACAGUCAAAAUAACGAGUUCUGGAGUGGGUCACCAUUAUAAUAAAAUUAUAUCUAUUGAAAUCUGCUGAA